UACAUUACCAUUAACAUUCCUGUUUUUUUUUUCACCUAACUUUCAUUUUUAUUGUAUAAAAUCAUCAAAGAUGAUGACUAAAGCCACAGUUCUUUCUAUCUUUACGAUCGUCCUUGUUUUAGGAAUGAUGACAGGAGAGACGCAAGGACAAGAAAUGUGUCGUGAUAUUCCAAUGAGAGGUCAAAAGUGUGUCGCUCACACCUGUGCCACUUUCUGUAAGAAAAAAUGGAAUGGAAGUGGCUCCUGCUUCCCAAAUGGACAAAUUAAGAGUUGUCUCUGCACGUUUCCAUGCAAAUCUUAAUUUAUUUAUUUUUCAUUUUUAUCAAUUGUUAUCUAUAAAUAAUAAUAGUAAUAAUAAAAUAUUAUA